AUGUCUAGCCUCUCAGACGAUCUCAUUGCGUUUACGGACUCAGAAAAUGUGCGUGCAAACUCUCCGAAAACAAGUGUUCUUGAAGAAUUUGAUCCCCUUUUUGAUUUGAAGAAGAAGGAUAAUGCAUUUUCCAAAACCCUACGCCAGCCUCUCAGACGAACCCUACAGCACAAUCAGUCUCUAGAAACAAAUCAGUCUGUGGAUCAGUGCUAUCAAACUUGUAACAACAGACUUGGUGGCAUAUUUGAUAAAGAUGCUAUUUGGGGCGAGCUGGAAGAGUAUGCCUUAUCUGACAAAUUAAGCAAAAAGAGUUCACUUUCACAUUCGUCUGCCCUGCCCAACCUGACAACUGUUCGAUCAACUUCGAAUCCUGAAGUGAAACCACAGCAAAAACCUCAGAAUUUUUCUCCUCUUCAAGCAAAUAUUACCAUUGAUACGAGUCUUCUGAAUUUCGCCAAAGCUGUUGAAAACUGCACACCAUGGCUGCCUGGAACGAAGAAUACUUUUCCCACUCCCUUUUCCGUGGGCUUGGAGAGUCUGCCAGCACCUCAACCUCCGGUCUCUCUCAAUGCCUACAUCUUUGAUGCCAUCUAUGGAAGCGCAUCAAGCUACUGCCUUCGAUAUAAUAUCAAGGAUUCACUACACGAUGAUUGGCACAUAAAUCCUGGCCUUCUAGUCAUCGUUGAUCGAAUGCCACAGACUGCUUUCGUUGCCGUGCCCGGACCAGAUGGAUUGGAUAAUAUCGAUCUCAAAAUCUACAUUCCAAUGCCCGCCUACUUCUGCAAUCGCUACAUCGACACCGUGCGCAAUUGGUUGAAGGAGAGGAUCCAAACCAUCUGUGAACCCACAAAGGUUGUCUCCACACUGGUAAAAGAAUGUCUUGAGCGAGCCUACGGUACUGAAAAACCCCUCAAAUCCUCUGAGUACUGUCUUCGGAUAUGUGGACGCACCGAUCUUCUGCAUCCUCAUGCCCGACUUUGUGAUCAUGAGUAUAUUCGGGACUGCUGUCGAACGGGGUCAACCGCACGUUUAGUUUUGGAGGCCUUCAGUGCACAGGAGUACUUUCUUCCUUCGGUUGAAGACAAGACUCGAAAACUGAAUCUUCACACGGCCUACGCUAGUGACACACGUAUUCCUGACAAAGCAAUGAUCGAAAAUUCGGUGAUGAAAAUAAGCGGUCACAUUGAGAACCUCCGGAAACAGGUUUCUAACCUUUCUUUCAGUACUAUCAAUGCCACAGGCCACACUUGUGAGAUGAUCCGAAAGGCAGUGGUGGAUCAUAUUUCGGGGAUAUGUCAUGGCACAGCAAUCAACACCCUGCCUGAGGCUAUGGCGGCCGUACAAAACAGUCUCUACAACCUCAUGUUGAGCAGAAAACCUCGGAAACAGCAAAUUUUACACCAGCAGCCCUUGUCGCCAAGGCACAGCACGGGGGACAAUUGGGAGGAGGUGGUAAUGGAGAAGUUGACCAUUUUGGAGAUGCAGGUGAUUAGGCAGACGAUAGCCUUCUUAAAGUGGAAACAGGCCUGGUAUCCGGAAUUGCGGCUGGCCACCGUUCUUCCCGCUCCACCAGUAUUGGGAAAUGAGAUGGAAUGCGAACGACUUCUGGGCUGUCAGAUGUCGAUGCAAAGGGAGUGCCAUCGCAUGUCUAAGUGUGACAUGCCCUUUGUCAUGCGUAUUGGCAGUGUGAUCGAUCCCGCUGAUCAUUCAGAUCCCUGGAACCUCUCUGAGCGUUUGGGUGCCGGUAGCUGUGUUCGUGUUCACGUGAUUCUGACCUACGCCGGACGACCAUUAUCCACUAUUUAUACAUCACCUCUAAAUCCGGCUUAUCCGAGGGGCUCUAAGGGCUGUGUGGAUUAUGCCUGCACCACACCAGUACUCCGCGACUUCCACUACUCCCGUAAGGCCGAUUUUAACUCGGGUGGAAAGAUCGACGAAUGGAUUCGUUUCUUGGACUUCCCUUUUCGACGCCUGCCAAGGGAAACGCUACUUAAUGUCAGUCUCAUUGCCUUGAAGAAGCAAACUGAAGACCCUUCUAUACUGAGCAACGGAACCCUUCUUGGCUGGGUGAAUGUUCCUAUAUUCGACGCCAAUGGACGUCUGCGACAAGAGGUCGUUCUUGCCGGCCUUUGGCCUCCAGUGGCGGAGGGCCUCUCCCCGGAGUUUCGGUCCACCUUUGCAGAGCCCAAUCGAAGCCGUACCGCUGUUGUUAUUGAACUAGAAUUCCCCAUCUAUGCAUCGGACUUUUUCUUCCCCAAGCCACCGAUUGCCGAUGAUCUUGAUACUGGUCAAGCAGGCAUAUUCGAUGUGGAAAAACGCCAUUACAUUGAGUUGGCCAGUCAAAUUCUCUACACACCAGCCUCACUGCUUCCACCGGCUGGACGUCGACUGACAGAUGCGAUUGGAGAGCCCAAGUUCACCACCUUCUUGGCGGAUUUGAGUCAACAUCAAUUGUUUAUAGACCAACUUUGGCAACACCGUUAUCGGCUUGUCGCUUCAUCGGAACUCCUAACAACUCUCCUUGUUGCAGCUCCUGUCUGUUGGCCGGAGGCCUGUCGACGUGCCUCCCAACCAACCAAAAAAAGUGCUCACGACAAAAUUUUGUGGAUGUUCUUGCUCUCUCAGCUCUAUAGCCUGAUACAACUCUCAACCCCGCUUUCACCAGCAGCUGCACUGCGUCUUCUCCUGCCUGAUGUUGCCGACCAAUUUUUCCGGCAUUGGGCAGUUAGUUGUAUAUCCCAAUUUCCUCCAGACGGUCUCAUCUGUUACCUUCCUUGUCUUCUGGAGGCGGUUAACUAUGACCUCUACUUAGACUGGUCGGGUCUGGUCAGCCUCCUUCUUCAUCGUUCAACGGUGUCUCUGCGGUUCUGCAAUGCACUCUACUGGAGCAUCGAGAGUAUGCUUAUGAGCCCCAAGUGGUACAGUCAACGUCGAUUACUUCUGCUGAGGACGGCUAUCGUGUGGUUGCAUGGCAGUCGUCUAGAGGCCACAUGGAGUCUGCAAGCAGAUGUGUUGGCCCGUAUACGUCAAACCGCUGAAGCUGUAAAAGUGGCAAAGGACAAAACGAAGUAUCGGACAUUGCAAGAGGGCCUGGAGUCCAUACAAAACUUUCUCGACUCCCGAUUCAAGCCGAAGGAAUUGGAGGAGGGUGCAUCAUCACCACCAAGUGUUUGGUUGCGUUCGCCACCAAAUGUGCCCGAUCUCCCAACUCCGGAUGCUUUUCGACUGCCCUAUGAUUUUGGUUUCGCUUGUCGAAGUUUUAAGACAGGGGCAUGCUCAUACAUCACCUCUUUCACGUGCCCAAUUCGCCUCACCCUAAGCGGUAUCGAUGGAGAAAUGCGUAAAUGUAUCUUCAAGGUCGGUGAUGAUCUCCAGAUGGAUCUGCUGAUUUGCCAAUUGAUUCACGUAGCGGAUAGAAUUUGGAUGAACGGAGGAAUGGAUCUGUGCAUCCCACACUUUACUGUAAUGCCCACGGAGCCGAAGCGCGGACUCAUUGAACCUGUGCCAGACUCCGAGACACUCAGACUAAUUAAUCAAAGCAGUGCUUCAAAUCCGCGUUGCAAACGCGACCAAGGGUUGUUGAUGUGGCUUCACGAAAACAAUUCUAACGAUAAGGAUCGUCAAAAGGCAGUGCACAACUUUUGCCAUUCCACAGUUGCCGGCUCUGUGUUAACCUUCGUACUGGGUCUGGGAGAUCGCCACAACGACAACAUUAUGAUGCGCGAAAAUGGUCAAAGCUUCCACAUCGACUUUGCCAAAGUCUUCGGCAACUUUCAAAAGAUCCUCAGUUUCAAUCGUGAUCGAUCGCCCUUCAUUCUCACGCCGGAUAUGGUGGAGGUGGUAAAAUCUGCUGAACCGCCGUCUUCAUCAUCGCGCGAAAAGGAAGACUUGCCAAAGGAACUGGUUGAUAUUCCCUCCUUUGUGCGACACUGUUGUCAGGCCUAUAACCUCCUUCGCAAAUACACCUUCUCAAUCAUGGGUAUCAUGGAGAUGCCUUGCGCCGCUGAGCACAACAUCAGUGAUGCAUCGGUGUCCCUUACAAUGCAUCCACAGGCUUGGCAGAUGCAACUGCCCGGACUGGAACGUGGGCAAAUUGGACACGUCUAUGGAAAUCUUCGUCGAUCCAUUAGUGAUGCCGAAGCGGAGACCUUUUUCAAAGAGCUAAUUCAGCGGAGUAUCCAAUCCUACACGGCUCAGCUCAACAACAUGAUCCAUGAUAAGGUACAAAGGAGCAAGAAACAACCAAGCACUCCAGAGCCUUCGGAGAGUCGUUACGUAGGCUACGUAGCCCAGGGCGUGUACUUGCAUCUGCAAUCAAACAAAUUCUCACCAACAAGCAAUACGCAACCUGAAAUGGGGCUGGCCAAGAUAUCGGUCACGGAUACUGCAUUAACACGAAAUGGAUGGUAUUCCAGGCCUGCAUUCAAAUUUGAAAUUCAGCCAGAGAACAAAAAUCCUACCGGUGCUGGCGAUGACAGCCUUCGUAAUGGUUUUUGCAUAGUUAGGGACGCACAGGAGUUAAAACGCCUUGCUUGGCGCCUCCUUGACUCCAAUCACAAAAGUCAACCAGCAUUGAACCUGCUAAAUCGACUGUCCGAGUUGGAUGAUCAGAUGGUGAAUUGUGCCCAACCAUCACCGCCAUCUGCAGUGCUUCUAAAUUCACUGACGAUGGCACUGGUGGAGUUAAUCCAAUUCCAUGCCCUCGAUCCCAGUAUGAUGAACUUUUGGAAACCAACAGAAGCGGAUCUGCGACCUGACCUACCUCAAAAAUCGUCUUCAGUCACAUCAAAUCCAAGUUUCAGUAGCCGCUCCUCUCCUCCUCAGCCACAAAGCAACAGAAAUAGCACCGAAACUGACAAAACUCCUCCUCCCGAUUACACAGCUGUUCAGCUGACUCUGGAGCUUAGCACAUCCUGCGACCAACUUGAUGUGUACGUUGAACAGGGUCACGAAUGGUGGCUACCGGGCGACAACCUGACCAUGAAUGCCAUGAUUGACAUCAGAGGCAUUCCUAAUUCUAUUCGAGUGUUUCCACGUCAGUGCUACUGCAUGCUCCCGUCGAAUAGUCCCAAAUUCAACGAGAAAUUCACCAUCGAGCUCCAGCCCAAUGCGUACAAAGAUGUCAUCCUGAUUUUCACAGCCCGACAGAUGGACACCUCGGGAUUAAAACAUUUGAUCGGGGAGGCGGUAGUCCCUCUCAGUUCCCUGGCACAACUGCAACCCUCCUCGUCCACCUCAGUCAAGACAACACAGUGGUAUGAACUCUCUCGGCGCAAAUUUGAACGAGUUUGA